AUGCAAUUCUACUAUUUCAGUGAGGGUCGCGCCAUUCGGGACAUCUUCCUGAUGUCGUCAAUUCGCGUCCCAAACCCUGAUCCAGGCUCUAUAGUCGUUCCUGGUCUUGAUACAAGCGCGCCAGCCGGCGACCAGAUCGAGUACAUGGACCAAUUAAUCACUCAAAAACUUCAAAAUAUUGAUGAGAUAUUCGCGGAUAUACACAAUAUCAUCAUCAGCCAACUCCUACCUACAAUUAGAGAGUACUCGAAAGCCACGCAGCCAACCCGAGAAGCUGCUCGUUUUUGGAAGAACUUCUUUGAGAUGGCCGCAAACGUAAAGAUAGGCGACCCCGAAGGAGAAAAAUUGGGCGAGGAUGUUGAGGGGAGCGAAGGUGAACACGGCGACGAUACUAUUAACGCCUCCGUGAACCCACCCAAAGUUAACGAGGGGGGCGGGGAACUUUCUCUCGAGCAAGAUGGAACUCCCCGUUUCGAGCAUUCCUUUGCGUCCGAUCGCACCCCCGAUAACGUUUCUUUCGCUCCACCGGUUGCGUCAACCCCUGCCUCGGGUCUGCACCGCGAAGUGGAGUAUUCAUCCAGCACAAUUGGUAGCACGGGUGAUAUAAGCACGGACAUAUCUCUCCCCCACAUCACCACCGUUCACACGUUGGGCACCAGUGCUCAACUUUCGGGUGUUAACAAAGAAGAUGUUCCCACUACCUCCCAAUCGGCGGGCUUGUCUUCGAAUGUGUUUUCGAGCACUCCCUCUCCCGGGAAAAAACAGAGACGACGUGAUUCUGAGCUUCGUCAAACCGUUCUGCGUCAGAAUCUCAAGAAUGCAGCUACCCCGAGGCGUCCGCUGAUCAAGGGAGUCAAUCCUUUUCAGCCUUCGACCUCGAAGAAAAAGUGGAAUGGGAUUGUCGACCUGCAACAUUAUACUCCAAGUACCACCGAAGAAUCAACAAUUGAUUUUGGCUUCACUCCCGCCGAGAAGCUCAAAUUCUUGGCCACACCUCGAUAUAAGCUGAUGCGAAAUACAGCCGAAGAAGCGGUGGCUAUUCGGAUGGCUGAAGUCAGGGCUCGUCUUCCACCCUCCGAUACAAGUCAAAGUAACCACAGCACCUCCACUUCCAUUUCUGAGCUCGUCAUUCCACCCACUCCACUCAGCGCCGCCAAGCGUAAGCAGCAACUCCGUCAAUCUCUUCUUCCGCGACGAUCGCUUGGGAUUAAGAGAUCAAAUCUUUUGAGAGACGACGACGAUCUCGUUGGUUGGGAUGAUGGUGAUACCGAUUUCGAUGACUCACCAGACAUCUCAAGAAAAACCCCAAGUCAGCCUCAGUCAAUACAGGAUGACUCGGACUCGGAUUCAGACUUUGGAUACAAUGGAAAUGAUGAGUCUCCUAUCGCGCGUCCCCAAAUUUAUAAUUCCAACUCGGACACAGAUUCGAAUGCCUCGUCAGACUCUCGUGCUCCGCCACCACCAAUAGUGCCAUUCAAUGCUGAAGACGAUGAUUUUGACGAUGAUGACGACUCUCUUCCUACCUGA